GAGAGAGAGAGAGAGAGAGAGAGUGGGAGAGAGGGAGAGAGGGAGAGGGGGAGGGAGAGAGCCCGGCGGGAACAGCUUCGGCCGCGGCAGGCGCCCCCUCCUCCCGUCCGGUCGGUCCCGGGGCUGGCAGCCCCGCGGUGCCCGGGGGCACUAUGAACGGCAGUGGCGACAGCGGCGGCAGCAGCGCGGCGCUCCUGAGAAGACACUCUAGCAAACAGGGCUUACAGAACCUGCUGAGACUCACCGCCCAGUGGAGCGUGGAGGAUGAAGAGGAGGCCGCGAGGGAGCGACGCAGGCGGGAGCGGGAGAGACAGCUGCGGUCCCAGAGUGAGGAUGGUCUCGGUGGGACCAGCUCCUGCCCUGACACAGAGUCCCAGCAGCCGGAGCAGGAGAAGCUCCUGGCCCUGAGGCCUGCAGAGCUGGAGGAAGACGAAGGCUUCAGUGACUGGUCGCAGAAGCCAGAGCAGAGGAAACAGAGGUGGGGUCCAGAUGGGAGCCUGGAUGGUGGUGAGACCCCCCAAGAAGAAAGCCCCGAAUAUGAAGGGUGCGCAUCCUCCAGCAGGUCCUCACAUCGCUCCUAUGAGGAGGAGGAGGAAGAGGAUGACCCUCAUCUGAGCCAAACCAAAGCCAGCCUGAGCCAGCUCUAUGUGGGCUCCAUGGCCAGUCCUGAGGAGGCCGUGGCCCCAAAAGCCAUCCCAGAGGAAGAGAUGGGCCUUCUGGGGGUGCAGGCUGAGACCGAGGGCAGGACAGCGCUGCUGAGGGAGGCCGACAUGGAGGAGAUGGAGAGGCAGCCCAUGGCCCCCAGCCCCUCAGGCCCAGAACCUGGUGAUGAGCAGGGCCCAGUGCCCCUCAGUCCCACCACCAAGCUCAUCGACAGGACCGAGUCCCUGAACCGUUCCAUAAAGAAGAGUAACAGCGUGAAGAAGUCGCAGCCCGCCCUGCCCGUGUCCAAGAUCGAUAACCGGCUGGAGCAGUACACCCAGGCUGUUGAGACUUCUGGCAAGACCCCGAAGCUGACCCGACAGCCCUCUGUGGAGAUGCCCAGCAUGACCGUGGCCAACUCCAAAAACCUCUGGGAGACAGGGGAGCUUUUGGCUCAGUCCUCAGCCAAGAGCACUCCAUGCAAGGAUAUCGUGGCUGGAGACAUGAGCAAGCGGAGUUUUUGGGAGGACAAGGGAGGCAGCAAGACUUCAUCCACCAUCAAGAGCACCCCCUCUGGGAAGCGGUAUAAGUUUGUGGCCACUGGGCACGGCAAGUACGAGAAGGUGUUGAUAGAUGAAGGUCCAUAACCCAGCCAAUGUCCAGCUGUUCCACUGCUGAACCUCAGACCCCAGAUGCCUUCAUCCUGGACAGACGGACGCUGCUUCUACCCUGAAGAAGGCCCCCCCCCCCCUUCCCCCGCAGCUCCCUUGCCUGUGGCUCAUCUGCUACGGAACGCCUCAGGCCCUCUCCCCAGUUCUUCACAGAGAUCUCUUCCCCACCAGAUCUUUUACUCGACCCUGGUGUCUCUCCCUCCCACUUUCCCUGCUCUGUCCUCUGGCUUCUCUGAUUGUCUUGUAGCUGGGAAUGGGGGUGGGUGGCAGGCGGUUGGCUCUGAAGCCAUGUGCUGCCUUCUUGCCCCUUGGGAGGGCUCUCUCUCCUCCCCAUUGGCAGGCUGAAGCAGUCAAGACUGGCCCUCUAAGCUCAGAGAGCUGCCCCAUGGGUGCUGAGACCUCUGGCCCCGCCAGACAAGGGCUCCCAUCCCCGGCCUCACCCCUUCCCAGCUUCCUGCUUGCCCCUCUCCGUCCUGUGUCCUGGAUUUCUAGCAAUUUUGUAAGUGCUUAAUAAAGGACCAGAGGUGGUUAUAA